AUGACAGACUCUCAUCACAGCGAUUCUUCCAUCGAAAUUAUAAGCAGCAUUUCCUGUUGUGCUACAGGAGUUUCUGAAGAUGAAGUUGUCUGGAGCGUCAGUGAUGAAUAUUCGUCAGAGAGUAGCGUUACCGACAGUGACGCUGACUAUGUCUUGUUGCCCCGUAUCUCAGCGGAGGACUUUCCUGACGACGCUUCCGACGAUAGCGCCCAAGAGGAUAUGCUGUUAACUGCAUUCAAUCUAUUAUCAGUCAACAAAGCAGAGCAUGAACCAUAUGCGAAUAAAGUCAACAAACCAAUCCAAAAGACCCGCAAGCCAGCAAAGCACGAGGCCAGACAGGCCAAUGCUGGUAAUUCCGGACUUACAUGUUCAUCGUCUACGAGCCCCUCUCUCCAUCAUAACAGUGGAGCGAAGACUCCCAAUGGUUAUGAAGAUGCUGCAGCGUAUAUUACACAGUACCUGGAUGCUCCUGUCAAGGAGAAUGAUCCUAGCACGAAGCUCCUAUUUCUGCAGGCUCUCGUUGUAGAAUUUGGUAUUUCCAAACAGCUACCCGCCAGCAUAUCAUCAGCCACAAAACUGCUGAAGGCCUCUGUACACGUCAAUAUCAAAGAUUAUAUAGCGAGACGGGGAAAAGACCAGGGUGAGUUGCAGCAGAUCAUGCAGCCCAGCAAGAGCGCCCUACGUAAGGAUAUUCGGCGAAGCAACCGGAGGAGCUCUUUGAAGUGGGUGAAGGAACAUGGACUAAACGUCCUUCUAAUCGGCUUUUCCAACUAA